AUUCUCCCCUCAAAAUUUUCCAUCAUUUUCACGGAGAAAUUACCCAAGCGUUCCAGCACCCAUGCCUUCACCAGUCGGCUCCCCCACAAGCUCCCAGUCGGUGACUCAGACCGUCAACGGCUCUCACAGUUUCACUAUCAAGGGUUACUCCUUGGCCAAGGGCAUGGGCAUCGGUAAGCACAUAGCCAGUGAGAGCUUCACCGUCGGCGGCUACCAGUGGGCUAUCUACUUCUAUCCUGAUGGUAAAAACCCGGAAGACAAUUCUACCUAUGUCUCCGUUUUCGUUGCCCUAGCCAGUGAGGGCACCGACGUCAGGGCUCUCUUCGAGCUCACACUUUUGGACCAGAGUGGAAGGGGCAAGCAUAAAGUGCAUAGCCAUUUUGAUCGCGCUCUCGAGAGCUGCCCUUAUACGCUCAAGUAUCUGGGCAGUCUGUGGUGAGUUGAUUCUUCAAGAAAUUGUUGUGGAUUCUAUUUCAUUCUUAGGCAACUUCAAUUAUUAAUAGGAUACAUGAAUUUGUUUAGCUUAUAUAGUUAUCUAAGAAAAUUUUCGUAAAACU